AUGAGUUGUGCUUCUGAUUUCAAUGCAAUGAACAACAACACACCGUUGACGUGUGUGCUAGACAAGUAAGUGAUUAAAAAUAUUAAUUUUUGUUAUCAAUCUUGUAUGUAAUUUGUAAUGUUAUUAUACGGGAGUUUUUCAGAGUUACUAAAAUAAUUGAAAGAAGGUUAACAGAUACGAGGACCAAAGCGGACAAUUUGAAAGCUGUCUAUAUCGCUGAAAGAUCUCAAAAGUUUUGUCAAGAUGUGAUAGGUCUUGAAGUGAGUUAGUUGUUUUACUUUUUCGAAUUUGGCUAUAAGUGCGUAAAACUUGGUAUUAUUGAUAAAUUUGUAACUGUAUAUUUAUGUGUAAUAUAAUGUAAACUAUAGAAAGGUGGUAAGGAGUAUUUGUUCAACAAAGUUCUGGAAAGUCGUCAACUUGCAUUGGAAAUGAGGAAUUCUGACUUGGAGCGUCGACUGAUGGUUAACGAGACAGUAAAUAACUAUUUUGAAGAUGUGAUACGUGAAGUAAGUGUGUUUUUUAAAUUUUGGUUUUUAGGUAACAUGUUGCUUUUUGUUUGUGCUUGUGUCAAUAGUUUUGCUACUGAAAUCUGGAAAUUCCUUUGGCAACAUCAUUUACACUAAAAUUACUGUUUUUUGAUUAAAUAAUUUAACAACCACUUUAUUUCAGUUUGAAACAGAGGUGGUUAACAUUAUUCAUGAUGCCAAAUCAGCAGAAAUGGACAGAGUUACGUUUUGUCAACGAUUCAAAGAUGAGAACGUUGAAUUGAGAAAGCGUUUGGAUGAGGAAGAGAAACAUUCAUUGGCCCUACUUCAAGAUAAAGAGAAGUUGGAGAUUAAGCUGGUUGAAUAUCAAGAUGUAAGCUUUUUUUAGUUAAAAAUAUGAAUUUUUCAUGGCGCUUGGAUUUGUUAUAUACAUAAUCUUUACAGAAGUUGGAUGGUGUUAGUGGAAGUCUGAAAAAGAUGGAAGAAGGCUAUUUGGACCUCGAAAAGGAGCACAAGAGUAAGUCUUUUUAGAAAUAUUUGUUAUUGCGGUAUGCUGCAAUAUUUAAUCAAUAUAUAAUGAAUAUUUAAAAGAUUAUGAACGAUCAUUAAGUAUAUUAAAUUAAUAAUAUUUUUCAGAGCUAUCAGUGGACUCAGCAGCGCUACUAACUAGACUCAAGGCAGAUGGAGAAGAUUAUAAACGUCUUGAUGAUGCCUACGUUAAAGAACAAGAAGAGAACAAAGAGUUGAAGCAAAAGAUCAAAGCCCUGGAAAACCAACUUGGAGUUGAGAAGCGUCGAGUCAAAGCAGUUUGUUCUGAUUAUGAACAACGAAUUGAAACAGAAAAAAAGGUUCUAAAAGAGGAAUUAAACUUAAUUCAUGAAGCGAAGCUUUUGGAGGAAACGAAUAGCAAUAACUUGAGAGCCACCAAAAUGAAGGAGAAGUUCGAGAAGGAGAUGCAGAGAGCUGCAGAUUAUGUGGAUGAAUGUAAGAACAAGUUGAAGAAGCAGCAAGCAGAGCUGACAUAUUUAAAACAGAACUUCCAUAAGAAGUUGAUGGACGAAACUACGAAGUUGCGCUGUGAACUAGAGAAGAAGUAUAUGAAAAUAGCGUCAGUUCCGGUUACGACGAAAAAAGGUAAUAUUUUUACAUUAACAUACGUAGAUAUUGCCUGUCGUCGAGUUUUGCACGUUUAUAGGUUACUUUUGGUAAGGCAACUUUUGUUUUAAAAAUUUUUCUAUUGUCAGCAUAUUUUUUACAUUUUAGCCUCUCCUGACACUUCUUACGAAAUUGACUUAGAAAACCUUCCCAGAAGGGUACUGAGAGAAUGGCAACAGAGCGAUGCUGAUUCUAAAUCAACGUCGACUGUUUCAGCACGAUCAGCGUCAACUGUAAGGUCUUGAAGAGUUUAUCCUUAUUUUUAGAUAUCUUUUGAUAAGUUUAUAGUGUUGACAGACAUAUGAAAGUCUAGUUUACUUGUUUUAUUGUCAGUUUUAAUAAACCGCUCUUUUAGGCAAGGAGAACGCAUCGUUAG